CUGAAAAGUAGGCUUUUAAAAUGUGUUAGCAUUGUGUGUAUGUGUGCAGUUCCAGAUAAAAUCAUAGCUAUCAACUGUGCAAUGAAUGUGUUUAACAUUGUGAUGUUUUAAUUUGUUUUUGUUUUCUUUUUUCUCCCACUCAGCUCUUGUCCCUGUUCUUUGCCUCUCGUUUUGUUGGUGAAGAUAUCACAGUGAUGUCUGCAUUCAACCUGCUGCGUUUGGUGACAAAGAACCAGCCAGUAGCCCUGCGAGCCUGUGGGCUUCCCUCAGGGUCAUGUAGGGAUAAAAAGAACUGUAAGGUGGUCUUUUCCCAGCAGGAACUGAGGAAGCGGCUCACACCCCUGCAGUACCAUGUCACUCAGGAGAAAGGGACCGAAAGUGCCUUCGAAGGAGAAUACAUACAUCACAAAGAUCCUGGGAUAUAUAAAUGCAUUGUUUGUGGAACGCCAUUGUUCAAGUCAGAAACCAAAUUCGACUCUGGUUCAGGUUGGCCUUCAUUCCACGAUGUGAUCAGUUCUGAUGCAAUCACCUUCACAGACGACUUUUCUUACGGGAUGCACAGGGUGGAAACAAGCUGCUCUCAGUGUGGUGCUCACCUUGGGCACAUUUUUGAUGACGGACCUCGUCCAACGGGCAAAAGAUACUGCAUCAACUCGGCUUCCUUGUCUUUCACGCCUGCAGAGAGCAGCGGUGCGGAAGGAGGCAGUGGAGUCAGCAGCCCAGCCCAGGUGGACAAAACGGAGCUGUAGGACGGAGAGUAACAGAAACAAAGUGUUCUUAAUGCACAGCUGAUUAAAAAAUAAAAAAUAAAAGUUGU